AUGGAAGUAGAUCAAUUAGCUAGUCACUAGACUCUCAAUAAUUAGGAAGGAACCUUUAGUUAAUCUGGAAUUGUUUCUUAAAUUGAAAAUUAACCUACAGGCUUGAUUCAGGAACAAUAGUAGAAGACCUAGAACCAACCAAUUAUGGAUGAAGACAUUAAUGAUGAUGGAGAUCAGUCUGAUAAUGGAAAUUAUACUUCUGGAACUUCAUCAUAUUCAUCAGAUAAUGAUGAGGAGCGUAAAGAUGAGAAAAUUUCAAUGUUAGGGAAUGACAAUAAUGGAAUGGAGGUACUUGAUGAAUUUGAGGAAAACACUUUAUCUUCAUACGCUAAGUUCAAAACGCAAAAUGAAAUAGAUCUAGAGUAGAUUGAAAAAUACGCUCCCAAAAUACCUGAGCUAGAUGAACUUGAUGAUAUAAUUGAAUUUGGGAAAAUCAAUAAGUAUAUUCAAGAUGGCAAUUCCUAUAUAGUCCUGGUAACACCCUCAGAUUCAUAGUAGAUUUAUGAUUUAGAUAAUAUUGUUUGCUUCCAAUCUAAAUAGGUAGUGGGUUUUGUUCUUGAUUUAGUAGGACAAGUAAAUCAAGCUUAAUACUCAGUGAGACUUUACCCCUCAUUCACAGAUAAAUGCACAUAGCAGGGACUGGAAAUAAAAAAUUAAAUUCUUGACUAAAAGGUAUAUUUAGUAGUUAAAUGUCUGAAAGUUAUCAAUACUUAGUUGCCAAUAUUAAUGAAUAAAAAGGGGUGCGAUGCAAGCAACUUGUUUGAUGAGGAGCUUCCAGAGCAUGAAAGAGACUUCUCUGAUGAUGAGAAAGAAAGAGAGGCUAAAAAAGCUAAGAAAAAUAAGAAAAGAAAGAACAGAAAUGAAGAUAGAGAUAUGGAAGAAGGCGAAUUAGAGGACUAAGUUGUAAGGGAAAAAAGUAAUCAGAAUUCUCACUACAAAAAUAAAAACAAUGAUAAAUUCAAAAAGAGAUUUUAGGAAUAAGGGAACAGUGGCUACUAAAAAAAUGGAUCAUAGAUUCCAGUUUACUCUACUAAUUUCUCAGUGAACUAAAACUAACAGCAGUAUCAAAUGCACCAAUAGCAGUAACAGAUGAAUUAAAUGGGAUAGCAAUAUGGAUAAGGGCCAUACUUUUAAAAUAUGCAUCCAAUGAUGUAAUAGCAACAAUACAACAUGUAUCAGCAAUAAUAAAUGGCCUAUAUGCAAAACCCUUUAUUCUUUUCCUAAAACUAGGUUCCUCAAUAAAUGUAAAUUUUCCCAAAUCAAAUGUGGAUGCAAUAAUAACCUUAGUAAUAAAUAUAUCCUUAAUUGAAUCAGACACAGCAAUAAAAUCCAUUCCCAAAUAGUAGUAAUCAGUGA